GAAACCCUAGAACGGACCAGCUCUCGCCGGAGCCGCCCGGCCGGGGGCGCGGCGGAAGCGGAGCCACGGUGGCCCUCUGCGGAGGAGACCAGAUCUAGUCGGCGGGGCGAGGCCGCAAGGGAGGAGCCAAGAUGAGGAUCAUGAUCAAGGGCGGCGUGUGGAAGAACACGGAGGACGAGAUCCUCAAGGCGGCCGUCAUGAAGUACGGCAAGAACCAGUGGGCGCGCAUCUCCUCGCUGCUCGUCCGCAAGUCCGCCAAGCAGUGCAAGGCCCGCUGGUACGAGUGGCUCGACCCCUCCAUCAAGAAGACUGAGUGGACAAGGGAAGAAGAUGAGAAGCUACUCCACCUUGCUAAGCUCAUGCCUACGCAAUGGAGGACUAUUGCACCUAUUGUAGGUCGGACGCCAUCUCAGUGCCUCGAGCGUUAUGAAAAACUGCUUGAUGCUGCCUGUGCUAAGGAUGAAAAUUAUGAGCCUAAUGAUGACCCAAGAAAGUUGCGGCCUGGGGAGAUUGAUCCAAACCCUGAGUCAAAACCUGCACGUCCAGAUCCUGUUGACAUGGACGAAGAUGAAAAGGAAAUGCUUUCCGAGGCAAGGGCUCGCUUAGCUAACACCAGGGGUAAAAAGGCAAAGCGAAAGGCCAGAGAGAAACAACUUGAAGAGGCGAGACGGCUUGCAUCACUGCAGAAAAGAAGAGAACUGAAGGCAGCUGGUAUUGACAAUCGGCACAAAAAAAGAAAGAGAAAGGGAAUUGACUAUAAUGCUGAGAUCCCUUUUGAAAAGAGACCUCCUCCAGGUUUUUAUGAUACAGUGGGUGAAGACAGGCCACUUGAGAAUGUACAGUUUCCAACCACUAUUGAGGAGCUUGAAGGGAAGAGAAGAGUGGAUGUAGAGGCUCAAUUGAGAAAGCAAGACAUUGCCAGGAACAAAAUUCUGCAGAGGCAGGAUGCCCCUGCCGCAAUAAUGCAAGCAAAUAAACUCAAUGACCCAGAAGCAGUCACAAGAAGGUCCAAACUAAUGCUUCCACCACCCCAAAUUUCUGAUCAUGAAUUGGAGGAGAUCGCAAAGAUGGGUAAUGCCGGCGAUCCUGCUCUAGCUGAGGAGCUUGGUGAAGGAAGUACUGCUACUAGGACAUUGCUUGCAAGUUACUCCCAGACUCCAAGGCUUGGUAUGACACCAUUGCGAACACCGCAACGAACUCCAGGUGGGAAAGGGGAUGCUAUUAUGAUGGAAGCAGAGAAUCUUGCACGUCUAAGGGAAUCACAAACACCUCUUUUGGGAGGCGAUAACCCAGAGCUUCACCCAUCAGAUUUUUCUGGUGUUACACCACGUAAGAAGGAGAUACAAACUCCAAAUCCAAUGGCAACGCCUCUGGCUAGCCCUGGCCCUGGUGUUACCCCAAGGAUUGGCAUGACACCCUCCAGAGAUGGAAAUUCGUUUGGUUUAACUCCAAAAGGUACCCCUUUCCGGGAUGAGCUCCGCAUAAAUGAAGAGGUAGACAUGCAGGACAGUGCUCAGCUUGAGCUUCGUAGGCAAGCUGAAUUGAGAAGAGGUCUGCGAUCUGGUUUUGCUUCAAUUCCACAGCCUAAGAAUGAGUACCAGCUUGUUAUGCCACCAAUCACAGAGGAGAAGGAAGAGGCCGAAGAGAAAAUUGAAGAGGAUAUGUCAGACAGGUUAGCACGAGAGAGGGCUGAGGAACAAGCAAGGCAGGAGGCAUUGCUCAGGAAGAGAUCAAAAGUGUUGCAGAGGAGUUUGCCUAGGCCACCUGCUGCUUCUGUGGAGAUUCUCCGUCAAUCUCUGAUUAAAGGUGGAGAAAACAGAAGUACCUUUGUGCCUCCUACAUCACUUGAACAAGCUGAUGAGCUGAUAAAUGAGGAGCUCCUUAGGCUCCUUGAGCACGAUAAUGCUAAAUAUCCUCUUGAUGAACAAACUCAAAGAGAAAAAAAGAAAGGGAGUAAGCGUCAGGCAAAUGGGCCAGCUUUGGUUCCUGAAAUCGAAGGUUUCGAUGAGCAUGAACUGAAAGAGGCAAGUUCUAUGGUUGAGGAGGAGAUUCAGUAUCUUCGUGUGGCUAUGGGCCAUGAAAAUGAAUCUUUUGAGGAUUUCAUAAAGUCUCAUGAUGCAUGCCAAGAAGACCUUAUGUUUUUCCCGACGAAUAACAGCUAUGGUCUUGCCAGUGUUGCUGGAAAUGCUGAUAAGGUUUCCGCAUUGCAAAACGAGUUUGAAAUUGUGAAGAAGAGAAUGGAUGAUGAAGCAAAGAAAGCUUCUCGGCUUGAGCAGAAGAUCAAACUGCUGACACAAGGAUACCAGGCACGGGCUGCAAAAUUGGGGUCGCAGAUCCAAGACACCUUCAAGCAGAUGAACACCGCAGCAACGGAACUUGAAUGCUUCCAAGAGUUGCAGAAACAAGAACAGAUGGCUGGUGCCUAUCGUGUGAGAAAUUUGGUUGAAGAAGUGGAUAAACAGAAAGCAUUAGAACGUACUCUCCAAAGCCGCUAUGGUGAUUUCUUGUCUGGUUACCAGAGGAUCCAAGAGCAACUUGGGGAGCACAAGAGGCAACUUAAGUUACAGGAGGAAGCAAUGGAGGCAGAAAGACGUGCUAAGGAGGCAAUAGAGGCAGAAAAACGUGCUCAAGAGGAGGCAAUAGAGGCAGAAAAACGUGCUAAAGAGGAGGCAAUAGCGGCAGAGAAACGUGCUAAAGAGGAGGCAAUAGAGGCAGAGAAACGUGUUAAAGAGGAGGAGGCCGCAGUUCAAAGUCAUGCUGCCGAGGAAGAAAAUGAGAGCAAGAGUCAUAGUGUUGAUGAGGAAUCAACACAGAUGACUGUUGUUGAUGAACCUGCAGGAAGCAAAGAUGUCAAUGGGGAUCAAAUGGAUAUGGACAAUUCAGAUAAAGAACUUGUAGGCCCUAUUCCUCCGGUACCUGACACUCAAGUGGAUAACGAUGAGGCUUCAGUUCAACAGAGUGCAUCCAGUACUCAGACUGGUGACAAUGUUACAACUGAUGAUGGAGCUUGUGACAAGGUUGACUCAUCAAAAUCAGAUGGUCAGGAGAACGCAAAUAGUAGCAUGGAUGUUGAUACUGUCAGUCAGGAAGAGGGAAAGAAUGUUCUUGUGACUGGAGUUACAAGUACAGAUGUAGGAAACACUGUCGUAUCUUCAGAUCAAGCUGCCUCGAAUGAAGCGAACAAUUCUGUUCCCGAAUGAAAUAUCUUUCCAUACCUCAUCUUGGAAGGGUGCCACAGACAAGAUGAUUAAGGCGACCAAGCAAACAGAGAAUGUCAAGUGCAAAUUCUGAAGUCUGCAUGUAUUGUGGUAACAUUGUUGAUGGAAGACCAAGCUGCCAGAAGUUACCCACUAGAAGCAAACCGAGUGUUCAAAGUUGCAGACUAAAACUUUUUCCCUCAUCAUGUUGAUUUUGUCAAGUUUCGUUUGUCACUCUUGUGUUUCUUUUGGUCUGAAACAUUUUUGGAUGGUACAAUCCUGCCAUUUGCCAUUUUCAAUCCAAAAUAUGAACUUGAGAAAAGAA